GCUUAUAAUUCCCUUCGAUGGGUUGAUUAGAAGCCAGAUACGAUCCUGUAAAUAUUGUGCUGAAUUUUUUUAUCAUAUUUGACAAGAUCCAUAGUAACUGUUGGGAACUGUAAAUUGAGGUGACUAAACUUUUUUAAGUCAUGACACAAAGAGUGUUAGGAAGACUUUCUUCUCAAAGGUUAAAACAUUUUAUCGGAGAAAGAUUAUCAAAUUCGCAAAACGUAGUCGACCUUAAAAGUCAGCAUGUGUCAGAAUUGCAUCAUAUCAGACAUUAUGUUGGACGUACAAGUCAAAACAAGUCAUUUAUAUUCUAUAAAUUAGACAGUAUAAUAAAAAGAAAAUUGAAUGCUACAAGAUUAAUUUCAAAAAGAUUUAAUUCCCCGAAGUCUGAUCCUGUAGAUACAAAGGCUACCCCCAUAUCCGAACCUCAGACAACUUCCAUAUCUGAAACACAAACAACCAUCAUUUCCGAACCACAAACACUGGGUAGCACUACCUCCAUAUUAGAACCACAGACAAUAGCCAGCACUACCUCCAUAUCUGAACCACAGACAACUGCCAGUACCACUGUAAAAUUGUCCACACCCUCUGGUCCAACAAAGGUUCAGGCUAGACUGGAUAAAUCAACAACUUCUAGUUCUUCAGUUCAAUCAGACGAAUGGAGAUCUAUAAAUCCUGCAGCAACUAAAGAAAUAAAACUGUUCUAUUUUGACACCUUAAGUUUAGCAAACAAGUUUCACAGCAAGGGGUUUACAAGAGAACAAUCAGUUUGCAUGGUGGAGGCAUUUAUUGAGGUUCUUAAUACAUCAAUUGAACAUCAUACUAAGAACAUGGUUACAAAACCUCAACAGGAAAUUAUGGUGCAACAACUUAUGGCACAGAUUGCUGCAGUGAAAAAAGACAUGGUUAUAUUAGAAAAAAGUGAAUUUACUAUGUUGCGAAAUGAAAAUGAAAUGCAAACUGCUGAAAUCCUUCAAAUGAAAAAUUAUGUAACUGAUGAAAUAUCAAAGCUGAAAGGUCAUGUCAAACUAGAUAUUAAUUUAGAGAGGAGUAGAUCAAUGGAGGCACAUGCAGAAAAUGAAAAACAAUUGCAAAUUGUUCGAAACAAAAUUGAUACAGAUGUUGCUAAUUUAAAAACUACAUAUGAACAAUAUAGAAAUGAUAUAAUAAAGAAUACUGUAGGUACUAUUGUGUCUUGUACACUAGUGGCAUUAGCUGCAAUGAGAUUAAUGGGUUAACAUUUAGAAACAACAAUUAUGAAAAAAAAUCAAAAAUGUUAUAACUCUCAGAUUUCUUAAAGUCUUCCUGACUGAGAUUUUAAAAUAAAUAUGGUAGGGUAUCGUAAUCAUGGUAAUAGUACAAACAAAAAAUUUAUUAAAUUGUUUGAAAUUUUAUAUCUCUGUCAUUACUAAUUUUACAGGAAAAUUCUCACUAAUGUAAGAGCCUUAAGUUAAAAAUAACUGUGUUUUAUUCGUGUUGUUUCAGAAUAAAAUAUGCUGCCUGUAGAUAUUUGAACAUUAUAAACUGUUGACUGUAUUUGGCAUUUUUAUUUUAUUUUUGCUUGUCUGUUUCAAUUAAAAAUCAACUCUUGCUGAUGACCAUGUUCAUGUUCUCUACAAUGUCUACAAUGUAUCCUGUAUAUUUUAUAUGAAAAAUAUUUUUGUAUGGCAGGUUAUUUAUCAUUGCCAAUCACCUCCAACCAAUUUGUUUUCCAGUGAUUCACUCAAUACUAUCAAGGGUUAUUUUGUUUAAAUUUUCAAGUUUAGCACUUUUUCUGAAUUAGAGUUAUCUCUCUUUUGUUGUUAAAUUUUGACAAUCUGUAAAAGAUUUGCAAAUUUUCAAUUUUAUUUGCUUUGGAUAAAACAGGGGUGAAACAAUUUUUAAAUAUUUUACCCAGUAUAAAUUUUAAUGCAUGUACAAUGUAAUAUCUGAUGUUAUGGUUUUUAGCUGUUUGUUUGUUUAGCACUUUAAGUUGUUGCACAUUGAUAUUGUUCAGUUAUUAAUGCAGUUAUCAUAAUGUUAAGCUUAAGUCUUUAUCAUCAAAAGUAUCAAAAUAGGAGUGAAAAUACAUGUUUUGAAUUGAAAUACAAAGAUUACUAGAUGUGGCAUGCUUACCUAUGAUAUAACUAUAAAGCAGAUACCAGAGGCUGGGGAUAUAAACAAUGAUAGGUCACACGUGCACUUACAGUACCUCAUUCAACAAUGAGAAAACAAAAUACCAUAUACAGUCAGGGGAAUUACUGAAAUAAGUGAUUUAUAUAUUUAAGUAGCAAAUUCGAAAUUUUGUCACAAAUUGUGAUUUCGUAGUUUUACCAAAAUUUUAAACAUAUAGGUUUAGAUUAUAUCUUAUUAUUAGCAAAAUUAAAAAAAAAAUAACCUUUUGCUUCUUUUAAGUAGCAAGGUUUAUGCCUUUGAUGCAGUGUAAAAUCAUGUUUACAUUUCAUUUAUUGCUGUUGAAAGAAGAGGAGUAUGCAUGCUUGCAGGUCAUAUUAUUACUCAAACAAGGUAAAAAUGCUUUUUAUAUAUUUUUCUACAAUAUUUCAGUAUAAGAUUUCUUCCUUCUUAGGCCACCCAUGCCUGUCUAAAAAAAUAUUUUUUUUAUCAUGUCCUAAUUGACCUUAUUUUUUAGACAAAUAUUUUACAAUAUUGUAUGAAAACAAUCAAGUGUGAAUUUCACCAUACUUGUAGCAAGGUGGUUUAGGGGGGUUUGCACCCUCAUAAAUAGAGGUAUGAUACUUAGACAAGUGAUUUUCAUGUCAUUAUCCCAGAUUCAGUACAAGGUCAUCACCUGACAUGACGGGUCAUCCUAUCAACACAGAUGUUGGUUCUGAUAAUUUUAGCAACAUAUUUAGUCCCUGGAUCAUUAGUAUUGUAUAUUUAAAGCUACAAUAAAAUUAAAUCAUUUAGUCUAGUGAUUUAUUUGUACUACUUAAAUAGGUGAUUAUUAAAGAAAGACAACUCUGACUUCCGACAUUUGUGGACAAAAUGUUACUUGAAUCAGUGAUUUAGAAAUCAUUCAUUUAAGUAAGUCCCCUGACUGAUAUAGUAUAAUAGUAAGCCUUUAAAGGACCCUGUAUGACCAAAUGGGAAACAUUUAAUUAUUCAAAAGAGAAAAAAAACCACCUAAUUUAUGGUGAAAACAAUAAUAAAAAACAAAUAAGAUAGACAACAAACAACAACAUCUACUGAAUUGUUGGCUUCUGACUUGGCACAGGUACAUGGGUAACAAAUGUUUGAAGUAUUUAAUCAUUUACUCAUUUUUCUUAAAAUAUAAAAAUAAGAAGAAGUGGUAUGACUGCCAAUGAGACAACUUCUUCAAAAAAAUCAUUUUUGAUUUAAAAUUGAUAAAAAAUGUCUGUAGUUUAAAUGUUGUUUCAUAGUGGAAUUGUAAUUAAAUGUAGAACACAAUUAUAGAUGAAUUUAAGGACUUGUGAAUCUUGUUCACCUACAUUGUGCAUUGUUGCUAUUCAAAAAAUGUGUGUUCUCUGUUUGACCUGGUCAAUAUUGCACACUGUUGACUUAAUUUUUUCAAUGAAGAUCACUAUUAUAUUACAAGCUCCUAGACUCCUAUAUGUAUAUCAAAUUUCAUAGAUUCUGUCCUUCAGCUAAAAUCAAAAGUCGGAAAUCUUAUUGCAAGAAAUUAUUUUGUUUUAAAUUAUGAUAGUUUAAGUAAAGUCUAUAUUUGGAAAGCCUGUAGGACUUCCAAUGUAACCUUCCAUUCAUAUCCUUGCAGUAUUCAAGAGGACCUUAUUCAGACCUUCACAGUUUGGGAAACUGAUUUAAGUACCAGUACUUUUAAAAGACAAGCAUGAAAAUUUUGGAGCUGGUCUCUUUUUUUUUAAGAAAAUUCUACAUUGUACAUGAAUUCAAACUUUUCUAUAGCAUUGGAACCCUUUUGUUUAAUAUGCUUGUCAUCAAAUCCUUAUAUUUUCAACAGAACUGUUAAUUUACUGUUUGUUAUCAUUAUUUUACAAAUGUUGAUUAAUUUACUUGAAUAUGUAUUUUGCAAUUUUGUAUGUUGCAUGUUUUUUUUAAUAUCUUUAGAAACAAUAUAUAAUAGUAAAGUGGCUAGGCCAGUAACAAAAAUCAAAGAUUUUAUCCAACUAUAUUCUUUUAUUGGGAUUGUUGGGUGGGCAGAUAAUUUGUUUUUAAAUAUUAGUGAAACUUCUUGCAAAAUAAAAUAAAAUAGCCAGAUAUCAAAAUAAAAUCAGAUUGCUCUGAAACAAAGGGUCAGCUGGGAAAAGAAUAAAGAGAAUUUUUUAGUAUGACCUGAUGUGUUUUUAACAAGUCUGAUGUUGUAUAAUUGAUAUAAGUUGAUGUAAAAGGGCAGAGGGCAUUUAGCACUGAUAUUAUUCUGUUUUUUUCUGUGAACUACAGUACAUGAUGACUAGGCAAAUGUCACUCUCUGAGUGUUUUUUUUAUGCAAAUAAAUGAUAUUAUAUUAAGCAUUUUUAAUAUUUUUUAUUUGUUGCUUGUUUUAAUACAACUGUUUUAUGA